AUGGCCCCUGCUGCAGGAGCAGCCUCAGCAGCAGCAGGUGGGAAGCCGGAGGCGGCGCUGGAGGUGGCCGCGGCAGCCGUGGCCCGGCGGCCUGGGACAGAGUCAGAGUCGACGGUACCUGAGCAGCAGCCCAUUACUUUGUGUAGUGGAGUUGAAGACACAAAACAUUAUGAGGAAGCCAAGAAAUGUGUAGAAGAAUUAGCAUUGUACCUGAAACCACUCAGCAGUGCUAGAGCAAUGCAGGAGGAAGCUCUAAAACUGGUUCUACUGGCCUUAGAAGAUGGAUCUGCUUUGUCAAGAAAAGUAUUGGUUCUCUUUGUGGUGCAAAGGUUGGAGCCACGGUUUCCUCAAGCCUCUAAAACUAGCAUUGGGCAUGUUGUUCAACUCCUUUAUAGAGCCUCCUGCUUCAAGGUCACCAAACGUGAUGAAGACUCUUCUUUGAUGCAGCUGAAAGAAGAAUUUAGAACCUAUGAAGCUCUGCGGCGGGAACAUGACUCCCAGAUAGUGCAGAUUGCUAUGGAAGCAGGCUUACGAAUUGCACCAGACCAGUGGUCCUCUUUGCUUUACGGAGACCAGUCUCACAAAUCUCAUAUGCAGUCCAUUAUUGACAAGUUGCAGACCCCAGCCUCGUUUGCACAGAGUGUUCAGGAACUAACGAUUGCUCUCCAGCGGACUGGAGACCCUGCAAACUUGAACCGACUAAGACCCCAUUUGGAGCUGUUAGCAAACAUUGAUCCUAGUCCAGAUGCUCCUCCUCCUACUUGGGAACAGCUAGAAAAUGGGCUGGUUGCUGUGCGUACAGUAGUACAUGGUCUGGUUGAUUAUAUCCAGAACCACAGCAAAAAAGGAGCAGAUCAACAGCAGCCUCCACAGCAUAGCAAAUAUAAAACAUACAUGUGUCGAGAUAUGAAGCAGAGAGGAGGAUGCCCUCGUGGGGCCAGCUGUACAUUUGCACAUUCACAGGAGGAACUAGAAAAAUUUCGCAAGAUGAACAAGCGCCUGGUUCCCAGAAGACCCCUGAGUGCCUCUUUGGGUCAACUUAAUGAGGUGGGCCUGCCUUCAACAGCUAUCCUUCCAGAUGAAGGUGCAGUGGAUCUGCCUAGCAGAAAACCUCCUGCUCUGCCAAAUGGAAUUGUAUCAGCAGGGAAUACAGUAACACAGCUUAUUCCACGAGGGACGGACCCCAGCUAUGAUUCUAAUCUGAAGCCAGGAAAGAUAGAUCAUCUAAGCAGUAGUGCUCCUGGAUCCCCUCCUGACCUGCUAGAAUCUGUCCCUAAGAGUAUUUCUGCCUUACCUGUGAAUCCACAUCCUGUACCUGCAAGGGGGCCAGCAGAUCUGCCUGCCAUGCCUGUCACCAAACCACUUCAGAUGGUCCCACGAGGUUCUCAGUUAUAUCCAGCACAGCAGGCAGAUGUGUAUUAUCAGGAUCCUCGGGGAGCUGCUCCACCGUUUGAACCAGCACCAUAUCAACAGGGCAUGUACUAUACUCCACCACCACAGUGUGUGUCCCGCUUUGUCCGACCACCACCGUCUGCUCCCGAACCUGGUCCUCCAUACUUGGAUCAUUAUCCACCCUACCUCCAAGAUCGUGUAGUAAACUCUCAGUAUGGCACACAGCCACAACAGUACCCACCUAUGUACCCACCUCACUAUGAUGGCCGACGAGUAUACCCUGCUCAGUCUUACACGAGAGAAGAGAUAUUCCGAGAAAGCCCUAUACCCAUUGAGAUUCCACCUGCAGCAGUACCAUCCUAUGUACCGGAAUCCAGAGAAAGAUUCCAGCCGAUGGAGGGUUACUAUCCAGUGGCUCCUCAUCCAACUCAGAUCAGACCUUCGUACCUCAGAGAGCCUCCUUAUAGCCGGCUUCCUCCUCCUCCCCAGCCCCAUCCUAGUCUAGAUGAACUACAUCGCCGGCGAAAGGAAAUAAUGGCCCAACUAGAGGAAAGAAAGGUUAUCUCUCCACCUCCUUUUGCACCUUCACCAACAUUGCCUCCUACCUUCCAUCAAGAGGAAUUUUUGGAUGAAGACUUGAAGGUAGCUGGGAAAUACAAAGGAAAUGAUUAUAGCCAGUACUCUCCCUGGUCAUGUGACACCAUCGGCUCCUACAUUGGAACCAAAGAUGCAAAACCAAAAGAUGUUGUGGCAGCAGGGAGUGUGGAAAUGAUGAAUGUGGAGAGUAAAGGAAUGAGAGACCAGAGAUUGGAUCUUCAGAGAAGAGCAGCAGAAACCAGUGAUGAUGACCUCAUCCCAUUUGGAGACCGACCAACAGUAUCUCGGUUUGGUGCCAUCUCUCGAACUUCCAAAACAAUGUAUCAGGGUGCUGGCCCAAUUCAGGCUAUGGCACCUCAGGGAGCUCCCACAAAAUCUGUUAACAUUUCGGAUUAUAGUCCAUAUGGAACCCAUGGUGGCUGGGGAGGUUCUCCAUAUUCACCUCAUCAAAACAUACCUUCUCAGGGACACUUCAGUGAGAGGGAGAGAAUAUCCAUGUCUGAAGUGGCCAGUCAUGGAAAACCCCUUCCAUCUGCUGAGCGAGAGCAGCUACGACUGGAAUUGCAGCAGCUGAACCACCAGAUUAGUCAGCAGACCCAGCUACGUGGACUAGAGGCCGUUAGUAACAGGCUGGUGUUGCAGAGGGAGGCAAACACCCUGGCAGGCCAGCCACAGCCCCCACCACCACCUCCAAAAUGGCCUGGAAUGAUCUCAAGUGAGCAGUUGAGCUUGGAACUGCACCAAGUGGAAAGGGAAAUCGGGAAGAGAACCCGGGAACUGAGUCUGGAGAACCAGUGUUCUCUGGACGUGAAAAGCAAAUUGAAUACAAGUAAGCAAGCAGAGAAUGGACAACCAGAACCACAAAACAAAGUUCCAGCUGAGGACCUUACAUUGACAUUCAGUGAUGUACCGAAUGGAUCAGCCUUGACACAAGAGAAUAUCAGCCUCCUAUCAAACAAGACCGGCUCUCUGAACCUAUCAGAGGAUCCCGAGGGAGGAGGAGAUAACAAUGACUCCCAGAAAUCAGGAGUUUCUCCCAGUUCUGCUCCCUAAAAUAUGGGGAGUUGUACUUUUAUCUUCUGCUCCUAAUCAAUUUAUAGGGCAUAGGGGUAGGAGAAUGGAUAACUUCUAAACUUUCUCUCUAAGAGUGGUCAGAGAAAUCCGGGAAAUGCACCAGAGGCGAUGUGCACAGACACCACUACUAAAAACAAACCCUGCACAUAGUUCACAUUGAUGCAUAUUUUUAAUUUAAAGAAAAAGAAAAUUAGCAGUAUCUGCAAGCAAUUCAGAUUAAAUUUGUUUUUGUUCUGUG